GAGCCUCCCCGGGGCGUGUCUAUGCGGCGCCGUGCGUGUGACGUCACAAAAGGAGUCAGAGGCGGAGCCCUGUAGGGUCCGGCUGAGGUAGAGAUCGUUUGAGAGAAGCGAACAGUUUGGCCCUCGCCCUGGGGAUUAGAAGAAGCAGAGACUCCGCAUCGACCCGCAGCCCGUCCGGCCUCAAAUCUCUCCCGCCCGCUGUGCUACUGUUACACUGACACUCGAGCGGGAAGGGGGCCACAAGGAAAGGCCCGACGGGUACCCGUGUGAGCUGCUCUGACAGGGACAGGCCCGGGCUCUCUCUCUUUCACACACAGGGGCCCGGGGAGCCCAGGCAGGGGUUAAUUAGAGAGAGAGCUGAGGCGCCUCAGUGUGACUUCCGGAGAGCCCAGUGGGGCCCUGACAGGACUGUACCAACUUACUCACUUCCUGUGCCCUUUCCUUGGUUCAUUCUCUGGCCCAGCCCUGUGUCCCCUGAGGGAAGUCUUUCCUGUGUGACUCUAGGGGCCCCUGAGCCUCCACCUUCUUCUCUCUGACUUCCAUUGUUUGGACCUGGGCCCUCCCCCAAGGGAAUUGUGUGCCUCCCCCACCCAUUUAUAGCUCUAUUCACUGAUCCCAAGAGAAGCCUUUGUGUGGCCCCUGUAUCCAACUACAGUCCCUGCACAAGAGAAGCCUUUGUGUGGCCCCUGUAUUUCUUUGUGUGGCCCCUGUAUCCAACUACAGUCACUCCUCCCAGGAGAAGCCUUUGUGUGGCCCCUGUAUCCAACGACAGUCCCUGCUCCCAGGAGAAGCCUUUGUGUGGCCCCUGAAAGACUGGUCCAUAUCUUGGGCCCUUAAGUGGAACUCCCGCUUCUCCUUUCAGGAGGAGACCCCCCUAUCCCUGAGAGAGACUGACUGAAGUUCAAGAAGGGCCCCUAAGAGAGAGAAUUGCUGGUGUGACUGUAGUAGAGAAUCUCAUUGUCCCCAUACCCUGCUGGAAGAAGUGUCCCCAGCAGUUUCCUCCUAUUUCUGUGCCCACCAUGGCGCAUCAGCAGAUGACCAGUUCCCAGAAGGCCCUGAUGCUGGAGCUGAAGUCCCUGCAGGAGGAGCCAGUGGAGGGAUUUAGGAUUACUCUGGUUGAUGAAAGUGACCUGUAUAAUUGGGAAGUGGCAAUAUUUGGGCCUCCUAAUACUCUUUACGAGGGGGGCUAUUUUAAGGCUCACAUAAAAUUCCCCAUUGACUACCCGUAUUCUCCUCCCACCUUCCGCUUCCUGACCAAGAUGUGGCAUCCCAAUAUUUACGAGAAUGGAGAUGUGUGUAUUUCAAUCCUUCACCCCCCAGUAGAUGAUCCACAGAGUGGAGAGUUACCGUCAGAGAGGUGGAAUCCCACGCAGAAUGUCAGGACUAUAUUACUAAGUGUCAUCUCUCUGCUCAACGAACCAAACACAUUCUCCCCGGCUAAUGUCGAUGCCUCAGUCAUGUUUAGAAAAUGGAGGGACAGCAAAGGAAAGGACAAAGAAUAUGCAGAAAUUAUCCGGAAACAAGUGUCGGCCACGAAAGCGGAGGCGGAAAAGGACGGCGUGAAAGUCCCCACGACGCUGGCGGAGUACUGCAUCAAAACCAAAGUGCCUUCUAGUGACAACAGCUCUGACUUACUCUACGACGACUUGUAUGACGAUGACAUAGACGAUGAAGAUGAAGAGGAGGAGGACGCCGAUUGUUAUGACGACGACGACUCUGGUAACGAAGAGUCCUGACCUGCUCCUCUCGUCUUUUCCUUUUCUCCACAGCCUGAUCCUUCCGACCUCCCCGCUCUCUCCCUCCGCUCCUCCCGCUGCUCUUUUACCCUUGCUGGGAACGGAGCAGAUCUCAAGUGGGAGGAGUCUCUUUUUCUGGCGGUAAAGACCAACUUGCCUUCUGCAUAAGGAGAGACGCACGGACGCGGCUCCAGUUUACGGGCAGUGACGCGGGAUGGGAAACGUGGCGGAAUCUCUGCAAUUCCUCAAUGCUGCACCGAUCUCCUAGUGCCGUGCACUUCUUUUACUUUUCCUACAAACCCUCCAUCCUUUUUGUCUUUAUAUCUUUAUACACUGUGUCCAUCUUGAUUUUGAUUCUCGCCGUGGAGGAGACUGUAGCCUCUCCGGUGCCCCCUCGUUCCUCGCCGUUUUCUUUAUCCGCUGAGGGAAGGCGACUUUUCUUUGGGAAUUGAUGCAGAGAAGCAACUGAGCGAACUCUACGACGUAACCAUGCAAUAUUGCCAAGUUCCAGCAAUCACACUUGUACCUUUUUACUUUUACCUCAGGAUCCAACAUGGCACCCCCCAUCCCCAGGUCUGAUACCGUGGCCCUUGUGGGGGCCCCGCUGAAUGCCCUUAUUAUUAUUACUACUACUGCUGCUGUUGGAAUGAAUGGCUUUCUGUCCGUCUGGGUGAAACAUAGAAAGCUACAAAUAAGCUGGACACACAACAGGGGUAUUGUUCUGCAACACAACUUAUUGCUACAACUUCACAACUGAAAAACAAAUGUUUGAGUGCAAGAGGUCACGGCUUAGCUAAUGUGUUUCCUUUCUCUUCCUUGUUUUUAAUUUGCCCUAGAUUUCUUCCUUUUUUUUCUUUUGUGUUUCUUUUGUUUUUUGCAUUCUCGCACCCAUGGCUGCAAAAAAAAAAAAAAAAAAAGGGUAUUACUGCAGUUGCAGGGCUCUUGUGGUAUGUUUGUUUGUGGGUGUCUUUCACUGUUGUAAAGCAGAAAAGGACAAAUAAAGCAAGAUGUGAAAUCCAAAA